AUGGAUGGCUUGCACGAGUUGCGACGAGAAAAGACGGUACUGCCGGCCGAGGCCGGCGUUGGCCAAGCACGAGACAGUGCUUUGGUGCAGAGAAGCGAGGUGAUGGUCAGUCGGUCGAGGCGGUACCGCUGCCAAUGGAGCAGUACACUUCUGUACGCAGCAUUGUUCCCUGCUCCAAUUGCAGACACCGUCAUCAAGUGCCUAUCGUUGGCUGAGUCGUCGAAACGUGGCGGUGGCGACGGCGAUGGCGGCUAG